AGCAGGGAUGAUUUGUAUAUCGGUCCUGAUUCUCCUGUUCCAUGGCAUUGAUUUUCUCCAAGUGACUCUGGGCUUUCCAGAGACUUUAAUAUUGGAACCUGGUGCUAAUGUCACCAUUUGGUGCCAGCAUAACCAGAUGGAACCAGCUUACAUAUACUGGUUCAAGCACACCAACCGUUCUGUGCCAGACCAACUUGACUGCCAAUUUUAUCAAAAAUAUUCUUCAACAAGCUCCUGUAAUUCUGUUAAUCAGAGUGAUCAAGUGGUGAUGUCUGUAAACUCUCAGAACACGUCUCUAACAAUAGCUGCAGUGAAUCACACUGAUUCAGGACUGUAUUACUGUGGCGUUUGGCAGAGCAACAGAAUUUCCUUCAGAAAUGCAAUACAUUUACAAGUGAGAGAGCAAGAUGAAACACUUUCCAAAAACAGCACUCAAGAUGUCUUCUUCAUGCUGACGGUGGUGUUUGUUGGUGUGAUUGUGAUUCUCGUCAGUGUUCUUCUAGUUAUGCUGAAGAGGAGAAAACACAGAGACACUGUCUCUAUUGUGGAAAAGGAGCAGGAUUCUAAUUAUGCUGAUCUACAAUUCUCUGAUAAGAAAAUCAAGAAAGCAGGAAGACGCACUGAAGUGGUGGAUCCUCAGGUUGUGUAUUCUUCAGUAAGACACUAGCAGUAUACUGUGAUAGAACAAAGUUAUACAUCAUUCCUUCAUUGUUUGGAACAGCUUUACAUACUUAAUUAUUUUAAGCAACAACAGCCAUAAAUGGUUUCAUAUCUGUACUUACUAGUUUUGACAAACACAUUAAGAGGACAGUGUCAGUGAGGACAGUUUAAGUAUUGUCAGGAAGUAUUUUUAUUUGCCCAGACAGACUAAUAAAUAUUUAAAUAUUUACAGG